AUGCUUGACAAGCGUGGACAAGUAGUGAUGAGCAGGCGGACCGUGGGAGAUGGGAGGAUGCGGCGUCUGCUUCGGACCGGGGGCCUCUUUUCUUCUUCAGCAGGCGGGUGUCCCGCUGAUGGCUUGGGAUCCGGAGUGCCGGCUGCAGGGUCGGGACGUGAGGCUCUGUGCGGCGGACUGAACCACCUGUUCCCUUCGGACGGGAGUGAGGGAAGGUCGGCCGAGGACAGCGUACUAAUUCCCCUGGCACCUCCGUGUUUUGCUGUGCUUCGGGGCGACGCGCGGGCCUCUCAUGUGACGCCCGCGACGGCGGCCGGCGCGCGGGGAGCUCCAGCGCCCAGAAGUAGCCCCGUGUGUGUGCUGGUCUGCUGGGUUUUUUUUUCCCCCUCAGAUGUUUACUCGGGUUUGUUUAUUCUUCAAGGCGCCAGGGGUGCCUUACGGGCCAACUAUUUCCCCUCACGACAUAGGUAG